CGUCCUCUUGGGUACAAUCUGUCAAGUCUCAAGAGAAGCCUCUGCCUGCCACCCUGGUGCUGCUGGAGCCAACGUGAGCCACAGUUGAUGUGGAUUCCCUCGUUCCUCCCCAUCCCUGCUGCUGCUGGUGACUGGGCUGAUUGCAUGCCCUGCCAUCCUUUGGGGGAUAUGCUGCUGUGGACAGCUCUGCUAUUUCUGGCUCCAGUUGCUGGGACACCUGCAGGUCUCCCAAAGGCUGUGCUGGACCUCGAGCCCCCAUGGGUCAAUGUGCUCCAGGAGGAUCGUGUGACCCUGAAGUGCCAGGGAGCCCACACCGCUGCAGACCACGUCACCCAGUGGUUCCAUAAUGGGAGCUCCAUCCCAACCCUGGUCAACUCCAACUACAGCUUUAAGGCCAAAAAACAGGAUAGUGGGGAGUACAGGUGCCAGACCGACCAGACCAGCCUCAGUGACCCUGUGCAUCUGGACGUGACUUCCGACUGGCUGCUGCUCCAGACCCGACGCCUGGUGUUCCAGAUAGGGGACCCCAUCGUGCUGAGGUGCCACAGCUGGCAGAACCGGCACCUGUACAAGAUCACCUUCUUCCAGGAUGGAAAAUCCAAGCAGUUCUCCUCCCUGAAUUCCACAUUCUUCAUCCCAGAAGCCAACCUCAGUCACAGCGGUGACUACCACUGCACGGGAAUGAUAGGCCAGAUGCUGCGCCUCUCACAGCUUGUGGCCAUCACUGUCCAAGAGUCCGACCGGAGCGACUCCUCUGUGAUGAUGAUGGUCGUGGCUGCAGUCGCUGGCACAGCUGCAGUGGCCAUCCUCGUGGCUGCUGUGGCCUGGUUCCGCCUCAGGCAAAAGCAAACUUCAGCUCCCCUAGGAAACCCCAAGCACAGGGAAAUGGGAAAGUCCCUCCCUGAGGAACCAGGAUCUCCGGUUCCUAAAGCUGGCGGGUUGGUUUCUAGAAAAAGUCAGCAAUUCUCUGAAAAGCAUGCAGGGCAGAUGAGGGCCUCCCUCUGCCCGUGUGGCCAGGAGCAGAGACUGAGUCUGCGCAGAGAACUCGGUCUGCAGCCUAUGUCACUGAUACGGAAGAGGCUGCCAAAAUUGAGGCUGAAAAUACCAUCACCUACUCACUUCUCUUGCACCCGGAGGAAGAAGCAGAGGCAGAGGCAGAUUAUCAGAACCAAAUUUAGCCUCCAUUAUCUUGCCUGCGGCCCUGGGGGAAAGAGAAUCAGAGACACCAGGACGCCUGGCCCAGUUCCCCUGAGGGAGGACAAGAGGACUGCCAUGGUUCCAAAGGAAGAGAAGGACCCUUCCAGGGACAUCUGUGUGAAUCCUGAAGCUUGAAGUCUUAAAAGUUGCAGAGAGUGUGGUCCCAGAUGACUGACUGUCCUGGUUCCUUUUGAGUCUCAGCACUUCUUGCCAUCAAGACUCUCUUUCUGUACAGACCAUGUAUUACUUUUACAAUAAAAUAUAGAAAACAACA